AUGAUCCAAACUCCUACAAACAAUAUAAUUUCCCCGUUUCACAAUUUUGGUGAUUCUACCCAGUAUAAUACAUCUUCGAAAACUCCUAGACAGAAUAUUGAACUAGAAAAGCCAAACACUCUAUCCCCUUUGUCUAGGGGAAAGAAAUGGACAGAAAAAUUGGCCAGGUUCCAACGAAGUAGUGGUAAAAAGAAAAAACUCACGCCUUCUUCUGCUUCCUCAUCCACAUUUUCUUUUUCACCUGGGUCUAAGGUAUCUUCUUCAAAUUUUUCUGGCGAUGAAGAGAGUAAUAUGCUAAGUACACCGUCGUCUGCUUCUACAGAAUAUUUAACGCCACAUCCACAUAGAACAUCUUCUUUACCAAGACCAAAUUCCAAUCUUUUUUACGCGAUUAAUAAUGAUGCACCUCGAUCUGAUGUGCCUUCAGAGAAGGAAAAUUAUAAUUCUCGAACAUCAUAUAAUAUUCCCCCUAAAGUCGCUCCAUUUGGCUAUCCGUUACCAAGAGCAUCGAUCAAAAAAUCCUUUUUAAAUGCUGCUUGUACAUUAUGUGAUGAACCUAUUUCCAGCAGAAGAAAAGGAGAGAAGAUUAUAGAGCUUACCUGUGGUCAUCUAAGUCACCAAGAAUGUCUCAUAAUCUCUUUUGGUACAACUGCAAAGGAAGAUGUAGGUGCGCUCUUUCCUUUUUGUGUGAAAUGUAAGAAGGAUGCUAACAAGGCCAUUCAAUGCAUACCAGAAAAUGAUGAAUUAAAAGAUCUACUAAUUUCAGAUUUUUUGAUUCAUAAAAUUCCAGAUUCUGAGGUAUCGAAAAUACCCCAGUCACGGUUUCCUCUUUCUUCUCCGCUAUUGCCUCCUUUUGGCUUAUCGUAUACACCAGUCGAAAGACAAACGAUAUAUUCACAAACUCCAAACCUUGGUUCAAAUCUCAUAUUAGCGGCACCUCCCAAGGAUAGAAACCAAAUUCCACAACAAUACUCAAAAAGUUCAUUCCUAAAUUCACCCUUAAGACAUAGAAGAACAUCGAAAGCUGCCUCUAUUUUUACAUCCACCUCGACGAUGUCACCGGCUAACGAUUCUAUAUCCGCUAUUUCUGAUUCUAUGAAACAGAAGGUUAGAGAAACCAAAAUACCACUACCGUUGUUAAGAUCAUAUUUUAUUCAAGUUCUUUUGAACAAUUUCCAGAACGAAUUGCAAGAUUGGAGGAUAGACGGGGAUUAUGGAUUAUUACGACUGGUAGACAAAUUAAUGGUCUCCAAAGAUGGACAAAAUUACCUACAGUGUUGGUGUUUCCUAUUUGAAAAUGCGCUAAUAAUAACAGAAAUGAAUAGUGAUGUUGAUGUUAUGGAGAUUAGCCUUAAGAAUUUAGAAGUAUUUGCCCCAAUAACCAACUUGAAAAUGACCACACUUAAAGCUUCUGUUCUCAAGUGCACUUUAAAUAAACAGGAUUGCAUCGUUUCAUCAGAGCUUUACAUCGUUCAAAAUAUAAACUCAGAUGCAAGCACAACUGUACAGAAAUGGAUAUCAGGUUUAUUAAACCAUGAUUUUGUAUUUGAUGAAGCCAAUAUUACCUCCACAUUGCCUAUUCUUCCGAUUUUAAAGAACUUUUCAAAUAAUGCAAACGACAGUGGAUAUGAGACAAGUACCUUUCUAGGUUUAAUUAAUCCUAACAAAGUUGUUGAGGUUGGAAAUAUGAAUCAAAGUAAUGAUACUGUAGUUAUAAGGAGGGGAUUCACUCUAGAUUCAACUGAAUCAUCUAGGCACAGUACUGUCGAUAGUAUACGAUCUGUUUUGACUACGAUAAGCUCAGUUCUUUCACUAAAACGAGAAAAACCUGACAAUUUGGUAAUAAUUAUACAAGUCGAUUUUACAAAACUGAAGGAGCAAGAAAGUUUAAUCGUUAUAUAUAACAGCUUAAAAGCUUUAACGAUCAAGUUUUCACGUCUGCAGUUUUGUUUUGUAGAUCGAAAUAAUAAUGUUUUGGAUUAUGGGUCAGUAUUACACAAGAUAGAUUCACCGGAUUUCAUUUCAAAGCUCAAAUCAAAGUGUUCUUUGUCACAAUUUUCUUCCAUCUGGUUGAAAGAUGCUUUAUACCCAGGGAAGAUUCAUGAGAAUUUGGGUAUUGUAGUUGUUUCAAAUAAUAAUAUGGAAGCAAGUAAAUCUGUAUUAUUUCAAGAUUACAAAUGCUUUAGAAGCCUUGGAAGAAGAAGGCCAAAUGAAUUGAAGGUUAAAGUAGGCUACUUGAACGUGGACUAUAGUGAUAACAUAAGUGAACUAGUCGAAGUGAGCUCCUGGACUUUUGUUUUAGAAACUCUUUGUUGUAGUUUUAGCUUAAGCUUUGAUGAUGAUGACGACGAUGACGAAGAGUAUUAUGAUGACUCAACUGAAAAUGAGCUUGAUAAUACUUCAAGAUCACUAUCUGAUGUUGAAUCCACAACUACCAUUCAUAUUGGUUCUCCAUUUGAUGUUGAAGCCGUUGCUGUAGGUAUAGCGAAUGAUAUAAGUUCUCAUACUCAAAAUGAAUACGGUAAUAUAACAAAUCUAGAAACUGUUACUUCUGCAGUGGAGUCAGCACCAAUCCCAAAUAUUAAGUUUUCGAUUUGUUCUGAUGGAGAAAGUGCUAAUGAAGGUGACUUUGAUUAA